CCAGUUGUACAACGCUCACUUUGCACACAUGCAGCUCGUCUUUGCAGAAUUGCAACAACAAAGCUAAAACAAAAACCGGAAAGAUGUCCCCUCUUAUCAGGAAGAUUAUUAACAUCGCGACAGCACCGGCUGCCAUCGGCCCCUACAGAAAAAAAAGAAAAAAAAAGCUACAAAGUCCACAAACUCUCUUUCGACAAAUCGGUGACGUGAAAGAAUGGCGACCAUUCGCAGGCAGAUUACAUACACGGGCAAAGCUCCGGUCAGGCAGGGAAUAUACAGCCAAGCGGUGCUGGUGGACAGGACCUUGUACAUCUCCGGGCAGCUGGGGAUGGACGUGGCCUCCGGUCAGCUGGUCCAGGGAGGAGUGCAGGCUCAGGCUAAACAGGCGCUGGUCAACAUGGGGGAGAUCCUUAAAGCUUCAGGGUGCAACUACACCAACGUGGUGAAGACGACCGUCCUGCUGGCGGACAUUAAUGACUUUAAUGGCGUCAAUGAAGUCUACAAGACAUUUUUCAGCAGCAACUUCCCUGCCAGAGCUGCCUACCAAGUGGCGGCCCUCCCCCGCGGCGGCCUGGUGGAAAUCGAGGCGGUGGCGGUCGUCGGUCCUCUCGCCGACUCUUGACUAGACGGCCAUCUGGCAAACAAGUUAUAGCAAAAUGUUUUCUAACAACACGUGAUGGCUUAGCUCGCGGAACCACUUUCUGCUGGCUUUUGAUUAGAAAAGCCCACAUAACGGAAGAAAGCACUUAAUUUGACAGUUGUUUUGGACUGUGGUACAAUGUUAGGUGAGUUACACAAUUAAAUCAAAUAAUAAUGUAGCGCUGUGCUUGAAGUGGCUUUCUUUCAUGCAAAACUAAGCAAAAUAGUUUAACAAUGGCAAAUAAAAGAACCUGAGCAAGAA